GAGAGACAUACACUAGCAGUGGUGCUCGUGCCGCCGUCCCCAGCAGAGGUGUUCUCCGUGACUCCGUUAGUGCUGUGGUCCUGUUGGGCAGACACGACCACCAACACCACCCAAGCAGCACCAAGGGACUCGGCACCUUAUCACAAGCCCUGCACCGCCUAGCGUUGUGAUAGAAGCACUGGAUUUACAAAAGAACACGGCGAAGAAAAGUCAGUGCGUGUGAUAGUGACUCGGCGCCAACGGUGAAGCUUACAGAAGAAAGGAAUACAUCACUGCGAACCACACACCCGACUAUGAACAUAAAAUGGUUUAAAGUAAAGUGGAAGCGGUUCCUGUUGGUGGUGAUGGCGGGGGUGGUGAUGACUGCCACGAUGACCAACAGGACGACAAGGGAGUCCGUCAUCUCGUACGCCUCCCCUGGUGACACUACGGGAUCAGAAUCCGAGCCCUUCUUCCCAGACUUCCCGAACCAGACGCGGAUAGGCAAGCCAGCAGAGAUCCCUCGCCGGUUCCUGGUGGAGGAGGCCGAUGCGUGCCUGCGGGCGGGUGACGACGUGGAGGUGGUGGCGUACGUGCACUCCGCCAUCAGCAGGGUGGAGCAGCGGCGGCAGACGAGGCUCACUUGGGCCAGCGCCGACACGCCCAAGAUGGUGGUGGUGUUCAUGGUGGGCCGCGCCAAGAACGACGAAGAGAGGGAGAUUCUCCGCCGAGAGAGCGAACUAUAUCACGACAUCGUACAGGGUGACUACGGAGACCACUACAACCUGCUGAGCUACAAGGCACUCAACGCUCUCUACUGGGUCACCCGCAACUGUCCCCACGUGCCCUGGACCCUCCAUGUCGACGAUGACCUCCUCAUCGACACCUUCAUGCUCCAGAAGUUCAUUGAGGAGUACGACAACAGCCGCGUCAGGGACAUGUUUCACUGCAGGCUGCUGGCAAAGUUGAGAGUACUCAGAAAAGGCCGCUGGAGAGUCAGCCGGAGGGAGAUGUCCUUUAGGCGUUACCCACCCUUUUGUCAGGGCACGAUGUGGCUGCUCCCCACCAAGGAGGUCCCCAGACUAUUGGAGGCAGUUCCUUUCGUCAAAUAUCUCUGGGUCGACGAUGCUUACGUCACUGGCAUGCUCGCUAAAAAGGCCAGAUUAAAAAUCUCACCUAUCCCCAUCAAUCGCUUCGGCGUCAGUAAAUACUCGGAUGAGGAUAUUGGCGAAAAGGUGGCGUGGUUCCACGUCCACAACAGAACCUUCACGGAUCUGUGGCCGCUGAUCCUGGACCACUACAACGCCACCUACACGCUGUGAUGGAUGUGUGCGGCGCGACGAUAUUACCACAGCAGAGGAACACUUCCGUCUCAGUCAGGCGACAGGCCACUCUCGUGCUCCUCGGCCUGGUGGCGUGGAAUGCAUCGGCGCCACUAAACUGUCCUCACCGAGAUGGCUAAACAGCAGAAUGUUCCAGCCUGCUCAUGCCGUUGAAGGAUGUGAGGAAAAUUAGGAUACCUUUUGUCCGUGUGAUGGGCUGGAGGCCUACCAGUAGCAGGGAAAUCAUGAUAUACAUUAACACCUUGCACACCCAACUUCCCGGACGCCACCUUACUCAGGAUGCCACACAGCUCACCAUUUCAUAUACAUUCCAUUUCUUUACACAUUACAUUUUCCUUAACAUCUUAAUGUACCUCAAACAGCUCAUUCCUCCAUAUAUCAUCUUCAUUCCAUCUCAUCAGAAUAGUGAUAUGUAUCAUGCACUACACCCUACCCCACGGUUUCCAUUUAUCAUCACACCACCCCCUACCACCCCAAAUAAGUCAUUGAACACACCCAACACCCCAACACCCAACACCCCAACCGUCUCCGUUGUCACGAAGGAAGCACACAAGGAUUUAAAGGGCAACACGAGGCCGACGGUCUACGCAUGGCAGGUCCUGAAAAUGAGUUAUUCACAAACUCCCCUCCAGAUUCAUAGUUUUGUCAAAUUUUCAUUUAAAACUUUCAGUCGUGUUUGCAACAACUACAGAUAUAUGCAUAAUUUGUUGUGCUCAUCAACUAUCCAAUUCGUGAACCAGUUUUUAGCAUUCUCUUUCUUGAACCCAAUUUUCUAAAUUCAUUCCCAUUGCUGAACGUUCUAACAUGUUUUCAGUAUAAGUAUAAGCUUAAGUAUAAGUAUCUAAACCGCCCUUAUUAAUCCCGUUUAUCCAAUUCAAACUUCAAAUGAAGUCUCAUUGCAAUCAAAGUCUUUUAAACAAAUUACAUCAAUUAAGCUUUUUCAGUUUUUCUCUGCUCGGUAAACUUUCAAUGCUUGAAUUAUUUUGGUCACUCUUGUCUGUACUGAUUUGAGGAUAUCUGUAUUUCAUGUUAUCAAAAGGCAUCAUCAAGGAAAACACCUGCGCGCCGAAAUGUGAGACGUGAUGUUGUAACAGUGAUAUGCCUGCGUUUAAGAAACAAAAAAUAUAUAAGUACAAAUGUGUAUAUAAUUUUAUUCUCUCUCUCUCUCUCUCUCUCUCUCUCUCUCUCUCUCUCUCUCUCUCUCUCUCUCUCUCUCUCUCUCUCUCUCCGUCUCCAUACCACGCCUAGCAAAAGGGAACGCGGGGAGUCUCUGAUAAGGCAGGAGAUAGCACGGCUGAACCAAGGGCUAUCAAUCAGCUGUUUCUUGAUGCUCUUCCUCCCACCACACACACACACACCUAUAAUAUUGUACCAGCUGUGUAGCGAGAUGGUAUAAUUUUUUUUUUUUUAACUUGUUUUUUUUUUCGAAGAAGUUAAAACAAAAAAAUCUUUGUAUACUAUUAUUUAUGAUUAAGAACUUUUAAAUUGUGUGUGUGUGUGUGUGUGUGUGUGUGUGUGUGUGUGUGUGUGUGUGUGUGUGUGUGUGUGUGUUCUAAAAAUGUCACUUAUGAAUAACUGUCCUCAUUGAGUUUUCUGUUUCAAAAGAGAUGAGGGGUGGGUGUGGGAAGUGACUGGGAGUGUGUAGGGGAUGUGGGAGGGAAGGGGGGAGUGAGGGGACGAGGUUAGAGGGGGGAGGGGAGUGGGAAUCAUGAUAGAGUUAGGAUGGGGUUGGUAACAGUGGCGAGAGUGUGUUCGGCGGAUUGUCUUUGGUUUUGAAGGUUGCAGAGUUGAGGGAGAGUUAGAGGUUAGAGGUGGAGGGAGUUUGGGAUGGUGGCGAGACUGUGAGGGGGUGAGGGGUGCAGGGUUAUCGGAAUGGAAGUAAGCGGGGUGGAGGUGAAGGGGUUUGAGGAUGGGCCGUUGGGGAGUAAGGAGUGAUAGUUGCGGGGUGAGAAUUCAGUUUUCGUGUAUUGGGGUUGUUGUGGGGUGAGGGACAUAGGUGGAGGUUGGGGUGUGGGGGGUUAGAACUCGAGGUAGGAUGGAGGUUCAAGUUUGGGGUUGUGGGUGAUGGAACAAAUGUGUGUUUAGCUCCGUUCAGGCGUUCACACUGCCGACUCCGGGCCAAGACAACCCAGCGACUUGUAGGACCCCUUCACACUGUGCCAAAUCAACAUCCGACGAUCGUUUAUAGACUUCUUUCCGACCAUGUGCGACUCUUUCACAUCAACAUUUCACCCCUAAGACCUCGUGUACCCUGAGUCGCUGGGUUGUCGUGGCCCAGAGUCGGCACGGUGUGAACGGGCUAAGUGAGACGAGGCGAGACUGAGGCAGCACGCACCGGGUAGUAUUUUAAUUCUCUAGAAGCUAAAAUUCCUGCACGAGCCACCAGUCACCUCGUCUCCAGCUGAAGGAAAGCACCGACCUGAUAUUGUAGUGCUUCUGUUACUCAUAAUUAUUUUUUGUUACCGAAAAAAUAAACUAGAAAACAA